AUGCUGAACAAGGACGCCCUUGCCUCCUACGCCGGGCUGUACCCACCCAUAGUGACGCCCGUCGCCAGGCGUAGCUAUGUGGCAUGGAUACGCAAGCAGAAGGUGGGAGCUCGGUCCAGGAUGGAGGCCCUGAAAAUGUAUGUGCCAGCUCGGGACAAGGAGCCCAAGACCGCACCUGAGCCAGCACAUGUCCUCCCACCACCAGGCGCCUCCUCCUCGGACCCGAGCGACACUGAACUACUUGCUGCCGCCGCCAUCGAGGUCGACUCUCCCUCUCCGCAUGUACAGGGACGCCCCACCAGCUGUGGUCCCCUCUUCCUCUCUCUCAGCAGCCACUGGAAGGACCAGGAGUGGCUCUUCAGCAGACUGCCUCCGGCAAAGAGCUGCUUCCCCUCAGCUGGAGGCAGACGCUUCCUGAAGAGCAGCAGGAGUGGGUGGGCUGAAGCUGUGGUGGUAUCCGCCAGGCGCCCGGCCCCUCUACACGCAGCCCCCGCCACAGCCCACGCCUUCUUCCAGCACCCAUUCUUUCUGUGGAUGCCCUACAGGAUGUGGGCAUACCACCUCACGUGCUUUGCCUGUGGGCGCAAACUGAUGGGCGCUGGACUAUACAGGACCGUCCGGAGGGUCCUGGACAGGAGUGGGAGGUACCGUAUGGGUACAGAUUACCUUCAGUGCCCCUCCUGUCACAAGAAGGUCACAGGCUGUUCGCAGGACAUCUUGGAGCAGCUGGACAUUGAGCACCGCGAACAAUUUCCAGCUGUUCUGACGUACAAGUUGUCCUGCGACAGAGCGGUGAGUGGGCUGCUAAAGGAGCGCACCUUGGGCAACGGUGUGGCUCGCCUCCCUGGUGGAGCAGCACACCAGGAAGUGGAUGGCGCGGUCGAUGCAAUAUCUUUCCGUGCUCCGCAAAGCUGA